AUGGGUCAGAUGCCAUCACGCACUGACAACACACGACUUACAGAUGAUCAAGACGCUUCUGUUGUGAACAGUUGGACUAAGCUGAUACUGCCUUUUUUUACUGGUUCCCUAAGACUUUUCAUCUUUGAGAUUGCACUAUAUUUCUUAAUAUUCCAAGGUCUACAUCAUUUGCUUACUAGGAGCAGCCAGAUGAAGAUGAGAAGUGCUCAGGAUCCUACUAAGCAGGCUGAUGCUGGUGCACCUAGUGUAGUUUUAAACAAUACGAUCCGCGAUGGGAUGAAUCUGCUUCGGAGGAAUCUUCGAAGAUCUUCUUAGUGCUGAGAUAUGACAGCUCACAGGAAUCAUCAUCCAUCUCAAAACUCCGCAACGCUUCUGCUUGUUCUUCUUGUAGCAACAGUCGCUCCUAUUGUACUCAACUACAUCUUCAAGGAGUUCCUCCUUACGAGACUGGUGUUCGAACAAGUGGGAAAAAUGCUGUACUAGGAGAAAGAAACGACCCAAACCAUUUCUAGCACUAGUGUGUAGUACUAAUAGAGAGGAGCACGACUAGAAGUACUGGUACUAGUCGUUCUCCUCUCUACUAGUGGUCAGUUCCAGUACUAUACAGAGCUGGAUCAUACAGAGCUAGAAAGGAGAUCUACGAGAAUCAAAAACGAGCAAGAAUGUUUUUAGAACGAUCAUGAGAAAAACAAUAAAUCGAGUCUCUAAAAAGAGAUCCUUUAUGUAUUGUAGAAGCUGUUGCUGUGUUCUUCGAGUCGCUCCAAAAGGAGACGAGUAGACGAGAGUGAGGGCUGAUGAAGCUUGUCGCAUCUUUUUUAGAGACAUUGUCG